AUGGGGAAGUCGGCGACAGUUCGGGUGCUUUAUCGCUCCCGCCUUCGCCCAGUCAUAAUGUGCAAUGAGUACCAGAAGGGAACUCUCCUGGUAUGCAAGCAGACACUGGAGGCAGUGACACGGGAAGUGUUAAAGGAAAAAUAUCGGCAGACCAUUGUGUUGCGUGCGGCGUUGCCUCUGAGGCUUGGCUUCGCGGAGGAGUUACUGAGGAGUGGAGAGUUGAACCGGAAGGGCAUGUCAUGGACUGACGUUGUCAUCGACGCGGCGGCCUUCGUGGCGGAGGUGCAGCAGCGGGUGGAAAAGAAGCUGGCGGACCAAGUGAUUAUCCUGCGCGUUAACAUGAAAGUUUUUUGA